AUGAGUGAUCCUGGCGAUUCGAUCGAUCCAACAGAAUUGCAACGGCAGAUCAAUGGCCUUAUCAUUAGCGGCUCCAAGUAUACGGCGAACGGUGACUUCACGAAAGCUACCGGAUGCUACGCAGAACUGGUGAAGCUGGAUUCUUCGAAUCCAGCCCACUGUGUUUUGCUAGCCAAGUGUCUCUACCAAUUAGGGCUACAGAAAAAUGACAUGUUUGGCGGCGGUCAGGAUGAGGAGGAUGAUCGUGAUAGUGAGGAAGAAGACGUUGAUGUUGAGGAUGCCGACGCUUCUGAUGAUGAUGAUGAUGAUGCUUUUGAAUCUGGAAGUGAGAAUGAACUAAAUGCCAAAAAGCUUGCGCUCAAUCAGAAAUUCUUCCAGUUUGAUCAUGAGGAGGAAGAGGUAGAGGAGGAAUCGCUUUCGGACAAUGAGGGCCAGCAAAGAAAUUCAGAGGGUAACGGAGAUGAGGACGAGCAGGAGGAACUGAACACGGUUCAGGGAUCAUCGGACUUCACAAAUGCAAACAGAGUUCAAGAUUAUUUGAAAGGUGACGUAUUCGAGAAUGCAAUUGAAUUGCUAUUCCGUGCACGUAUCAUGUACAUCGAAUCACCGGCAUCGCUCAUUUCUCCUGCAUCCCCCAUAUCUGCAUCAAUAUCUAAAACAACAUCUGCAUCAACGUCAUCAAAUUCAUCAAACACAACAAAUUCAUCAAAUUCAUUAUUAUCGUCAUCGUCGUCAUCCCCGUCAUCAUCAGCAUCAGUCAAUAAGCAGAAACUCAAUAAAGAGACUCAACUUAAACUGGUGGAAAUUCAUGAUCUCCUGGGAGAUAUUGAUCAAGAAUUGGAAGAUUUUGCUCAGUCAAUAAGCGAUUACGAAGAGGCAAUACGAUAUUAUAGGGAUGCAACUUCGAUUGAAAAUAACGAAGAAAUUAUAAAUAUUUACCUUAAAAUGGCGGAAUCUCUAAGAUGGCUUGAUUCAAACAAUAAGGAUGUAACAAAGGAAAAACAGAAGAGUUAUAUAAAGCAAAUUUUAGAAUUAAUUCAGAAAAGGCUUGAUUCAGGCGAAUCUAUCAAUAUAGAAGAAGAUGAACAAAGAAUAGAGAGAUUAAAUGAGGAUUUGGAAAUAUUGGACAAAGGUAAAAUCAAUAUCAAGGAAAAGAUAUUAACGCAAUCAUCAAUGAUGGAAGUGCUCUUACAACAAGCUAUGAGUCAAAAUCAAAGAAGCAAAGUAAACGAUCUAUCCAAUAUGGUGAAAAAGAAGAAAGUACGUAAAUAG